GACAGUUGGCAUUUGAUCUAAUAAAAAUCAAUUUUAUUUUGACGUUUCACGUUUGCAAUUUUUUCCUGUUUUGUUUGUCGGAGGUUGGCUCUCCCCCAAAUUUCGCGGAAAAAUGUCGUUGCAAGACAAAAUCGCGGCCUUGAUGGCGCGUCCAAAUCAAGAUUUGGUAGAAAAAGAUGAGGUCCCUUGGUAUCUCAAAUAUGGGGGCAGAAUUCUUGGAACAGUGGGUGGAUUUUUUGCCAUAUUUUUGGGAGCCUGGAACUGUAUUGGAAUUGUAUUAUCUGUGUCUGUUUAUCCCCUGUUGGCGGGAAUUUUCCAAAUGUUAGCUGGUUUCCUGUUGUUAUGUGUGGAAGCUCCAUGUUGCUGCAUGUUCAUUGAUCAUGUGCAAAGGUUGAGUGAUAUGAUUGAUAGAAGACCAUAUUGGAAUCGUGCAGCGGCAUAUGUAAUUAUGGCAAUCCCAGCACCAGCCUUUGACUUUGGAUUUUCAACAUUUUUUGGAAGUGGAUUGAUUUUUGCCACAGGGAUUGUGUAUGGAAUGAUGGCUCUAGGAAAGAAAGCGCCCGUCGAAGAAAUGCGCCAAGCGGCGGCCGCUGCAGAAGCAGGAGGCAUGCGCCCAACCGGUGCCCAAAUGGAUCCCGCAACGACGCAUCAACCGUCGUCAAAGGUGCGCGCCAAUCUCGUCGAUAACGCGCAGCCCUUCAGCUACACAGGCCCCCCUGUCUCAGAUAGUCACGUAAAUAAGAACAAAAUGAGAUUAUCUGGGUAGCUGAACAGGUAAGCUGUUAAAGGCUAAAUUAUAGUUAAGCCUAGGAGUUUCUUUCUAGUCUGAGCUAAACAUACUGAGGUGCAAGUUGUAGAUUUUUGGUUUGUCUUAAAGAUUUUGAAAAAACUAAGUAUUUGGCCAUGAAAUGUCUUUCACUUUAGCGUUGAAGUAUGGCAAGGCCAUGGUUUAUUGUUUUUUUUUGCCUAAAUUACUAAAAAUUCACUAUUUUGUGGUCUUAAGCUUUUUGAUGGUAAAUACGUUUAUAUUGUUAGACCGAAACGCGUCUUAUCGAUUAACUGUAGUGAUAUACAAAGUUUGUUCUUGCAUAUACACUUUGCUUAUGAAAUCUAUUGUAUCAUAUAUAUUUUAUCAUGCGUUUGAAAAUUGUUCAAGUUUUUGUGUCUAUUUACAUUACAAGAAAUAAAUGUAUCAUAUACGCCUUUAAUGCGAAUGCAAGCAUAGUGAAUAAAUAAAAAAACCUUUUAAUUUAUUAGCUUGAAAAUACCACAGAAUAGUAUUAGCCAUGCCUUGCGGUUGAUAAUUUUACAUUUACUUUAAUUAGUUCAACAUUUUCUACUAGCAGAAUACUGGACUGCGAUCUGAUAUAAAAAUCAAAAAACUAAAAUGUUGAUGACUAUACUUAUGACAUUCUAAAGUCUACAGCUUAUGACCUCAAUUCAUAAAAGACGGUCAAAUUAGUUAAUCUUUUUUUUGUUUAAAAUUGAACUGUAAGACAUUAAUUUGUAAUUAAUAGAAAUCAUAACUACAUAACAAAUAAAUAUAGUUCAUCUCUAGCUAAUUAAAUAAUCUUAACUCAGUGAGAUUUAGAGUAAAAUUAUAAGUGUAUAUUUUUAUCCUAGUUGAGGCAUAUGGGAGAUGGCUUAACCAAAAACUUGUAUUAAUUAAUAUGGCCUCCCCCAUAUUUCUUAAAUUUUCGUAUAUACUUUGUCCAUUUAAUUUUUUUCUUAUAUUAUGUAUUGUAGAUCUCUGCUUAUUAUUUAUUUAUUUUAGCAUCUGCUUUGUGCUCAAUUAUUUUUAAUGUGUCAAUGUGUAUAUGAUUUUACUGAAGGGUCAAUUUGAACUGUAAAGACUUUUAUAAACGUUGCAUUCCAUGUCUAGUCUACAUAUCAUUUUUUAAUUUUGGUUUCUUGCCUAAAUUAUACCAAAAAGUAGCCUAAUUCCCAUCUACUUUCUUUUUCUGAUUCUUCCAAGACCAAACGAAAGUACGGACAGGCAUGUUAUUCCAUUUUUUAAUAAUUUUAUUUAUAUUGUGUAUUUUAUUGGAAUAAAUUAACGAAAAUGAACGUUGAAUAAAAUUAUAGUAAUGUUAAAUAUGUAAUGUAAAAAUAUAUUGUUAUGUAUGUAGCAAUAAAAAUAUACCAUGAAAUAAA